GCCUGCGAGCGGUCCGGGCCGCGGGUGGAGGCAGGAGGCGCACGGCGGAGGCCCUUGGCGAUGGUGGGCGUCCCUGGAGCGGCCGCCUUCCAGCUUGGUCCUGAGAAAAGAGUGCCAGCAAUGCCUGGAUCUCCUGUGGAAGUGAAGAUACAGUCAAGAUCCUCACCUCCCACCAUGCCACCCCUUCCACCAAUAAACCCCGGAGGGCCCAGGCCAGUGUCAUUUACUCCUACAGCAUUAAGCAAUGGUAUCAACCAUUCUCCUCCUACCCUGAAUGGUGCCCCAUCACCACCACAGAGAUUCAGCAAUGGUCCUGCCUCUUCCACAUCAUCUGCACUAACAAAUCAACAGUUACCAGCCACUUGUGGUGCUCGGCAGCUCAGCAAAUUGAAACGCUUCCUUACCACUCUGCAACAGUUUGGCAAUGACAUCUCACCUGAGAUUGGGGAGAAGGUGCGGACUCUUGUUCUAGCACUGGUGAACUCAACAGUAACAAUUGAAGAAUUCCAUUGCAAGCUCCAAGAGGCUACAAACUUUCCUCUUCGUCCUUUUGUGAUUCCAUUCCUCAAGGCCAAUCUGCCCCUGCUGCAGCGAGAACUGCUGCACUGCGCUCGAGCUGCCAAGCAGACCCCAUCCCAGUACCUGGCUCAGCACGAACACCUUCUGCUCAGCACAAGUAUUGCGUCGCCUGCUGAUUCUUCUGAGCUGCUCAUGGAAGUGCAUGGAAACGGAAAGAGGCCCAGUCCAGAAAGGAGGGAAGAGAACAGUUUUGAAAGAGAUACAAUUCCUCCCGAGCCUCCAGCCAAGAGAGUGUGCACCAUCAGCCCUGCUCCCCGGCACAGUCCUGCCCUCACAGUGCCCCUCCUGAAUCCUGGGGGCCAGUUCCAUCCUACUCCUCCACCUCUUCAACACUACACCUUAGAAGAUAUCGCAACUUCACAUCUGUAUCGUGAGCCCAACAAGAUGCUAGAACAUCGAGAAGUUCGUGAUAGACACCACAAUCUUAGUCUAAAUGGAGGCUAUCAAGAUGAGUUGGUAGACCACCGUUUGACAGAAAGGGAAUGGGCUGAUGAAUGGAAACAUCUUGAUCAUGCUCUGAAUUGCAUUAUGGAAAUGGUAGAGAAGACAAGGCGCUCCAUGGCAGUUCUGCGGCGCUGUCAGGAAUCUGAUCGUGAAGAACUGAACUACUGGAAAAGACGAUGUAAUGAAAACACAGAGAUGAGGAAGCCAGGGAGCGAGUUGGUCUCCAGGCAGCACAGUCCUGGGAGUGCCGAUUCUCUCAGCAAUGAUUCGCAGCGAGAAUUCAACAGUAGGCCAGGAACAGGAUAUGUACCUGUGGAGUUUUGGAAAAAAACUGAAGAAGCUGUGAAUAAGGUGAAAAUUCAGGCCAUGUCAGAAGUACAGAAAGCUGUUGCUGAGGCAGAACAAAAAGCCUUUGAAGUGAUUGCAACAGAGAGAGCUCGGAUGGAGCAAACGAUAGCGGACGUCAAACGGCAGGCUGCAGAGGAUGCCUUCCUCGUCAUAAAUGAACAAGAAGAGUCAACAGAGAACUGCUGGAACUGUGGCCGCAAAGCCAGUGAGACGUGCAGCGGCUGCAAUAUUGCGCGCUACUGCGGCUCCUUCUGCCAGCACAAGGACUGGGAGCGCCACCACCGCCUCUGUGGCCAGAGCCUGCACGGCCAGAGCCCCCACAGCCAGGGCCGGCCGCUGCUCCCGGCAGGGAGGGGCUCCUCAGCCAGGGCCGCCGACUGCAGCGUGCCCAGUCCAGCUCUGGACAAGACCUCGGCCACCACCUCACGCUCCUCGACGCCCGCCUCUGUGACAGCCAUCGACACCAACGGACUCUGAACCCAGACUCCCUUCCCUCUGAUGACCUCACAGCGCAGCAGGACGUGGCACCACGGGCCUGGCCGUGGGAACCAGUGCAAUGAGCUGUUGGGUCAUCAGCCAAAAGUGAAGUGGAGGCAGGAAGAGUGCAAGCCCGGCAAACACUGCUCCACGGCCUCUCCGGACACUGGCCCCAAUUUCCUGUCUGUGGCCUUCGGGGAGCUAGCGUGCCAUUCUCUCUGCACACAGGCAGCUGGCCAGAGUGGCUGCCUCCUUCCUGGGCUCCCGGGUUUGUUCCUGUCCCAGCUGAAACUGGCAUGGCCAGCCCCUUUUCCGUGUAGACCACCAGCUCCCC